AUGCCUCAAUUCAAAGAGGGCGAUACCGUCAAGCUCAAAGGCGACGAUGUAAUCUACAUCGUACUACGAGUCCUUGUCGGCCUGGGCGAGAUCGCAAAGUACAUUAUCGAGAAAAAGUACAAUCCGGUGCCUAGGUCAAAUGAGUAUGAGCCAACCUCUCGCUCCCGGGGGACAAGGAGAUACCGGGAGGGCUUCCGUCGUAUCCUCCAAUACCUCAACGUCACUGUUCCCUUCGACAAGCUCCCCGUUGUGCCUACCGCAGGCACGGAUAGGAAGAACAAGUCAAGCAGCAUUGCGAUUCCCAAAGGCAAUGACUACGAUGCAACAACCAUACUCCUCAAUGAGGACAUGGUGUGUGUGGUUGAGAGUGAAGACGAUGAGUUUGAUCUCUUCGCCUGA